AUGGCGGGAGCGCCGCGGCUACUCAGCCGCCUCGGUCUCGCUCCGUACCGGCUCCACUCCGCACCGGCUCCGCUCGGGGGCGGGAAGCGGCCGCCGGGCACCUCCUCCCCUCCUCCGCGCGCAGCCGCCGUCGCCCGCCCACUUCCGGGAUGUGCCGGAACCGGAAGCUUCUGUGGGCGGGGCUACGCCACGGAACGUGGAGGGCUGGUAAAACCCUCACCCCAUGCCGCCCGCGCCCGACACCACCCGCGGCUAGCUCAGGCCCGGACACACCAGAGAAUCUCAGGCUUCCCAAAAAAAACCCCGAGUGAGCGGCAGAACUGCAGCCUUCACUGCGCUGUCGCCAGCCGGCCAGGUGCUGCUCAUCCCGAGACUCAGUUUCCCCAGCUGUGUUGCUUAGAGACCAGCCACCCUCUUGGUAGGGCAGGAGUCCCCGGAAGCGGAGGGCACCACCGACGCGCUUACGCACGGGCGGGGCGACGUCCCACGCCGCAACGCUAUUGGCCGUGCUCGGCGCCACUCGGCAGAAGUUGCGGAAGUCGGCCCCGCCCUUUCCUCUUUCUCUCGAACCAGGCGGCCUCAGCCGUGAACAACGCAGCGAUGGCCAAGAUUAAGGCUCGGGACCUGCGCGGCAAGAAGAAGGAGGAGCUGCUGAAACAACUGGACGACCUGAAGGUGGAACUGUCCCAGCUUCGCGUCGCCAAAGUGACAGGCGGCGCCGCGUCCAAGCUCUCCAAGAUACGAGUGGUACGCAAAUCCAUCGCCCGAGUCCUCACUGUCAUUAACCAGACUCAGAAAGAAAACCUCAGGAAAUUCUACAAGGGUAAGAAGUACAAGCCCCUGGACCUGCGACCCAAGAAGACGAGAGCCAUGCGCCGCCGGCUCACCAAGCACGAAGAGAAGCUGAAGACCAAGAAGCAGCAGCGGAAGGAGCGGCUGUACCCACUGCGCAAGUACGCAGUCAAGGCCUGAGGCAGACGACAAUAAAGUGCAAGACUGACUGA